AUGAGCGACGCUGAACCUCCGCUCCCCCGCAAUGGCUCACGCGUUCGGAGGAGGCCACCACGGAAGGUCUCUACCUUGACCACCCAGCAGGUCCAGCACAAGCGCGAUCUCGACCGCAAGGCACAACGCGCCCUUCGCCAACGCGUCAAGUCGCGCAUGCAGGACCUCGAAGAUGACCUCGCCCGCGCCAAAUCCGACUGCUCUGUUCGAGAGCAGAAGAUGAUGGAAGAGAUUCAAAUGCUGCGGGAAGAAAAUCGAAAGCUGCGCUCGUACCUGGACAGCAUUGGCCAGUUCGCAAUCAAUGGAGCAGCUGCAGAGAACGGUUCGGUCGAUGACGCUGCAACUCCCGAUCCAACACUUCCGCUUGAUGAGGACGAGCCACCGUUAGAUACCGAGGACAACCACGAAACGCUUCCCUACGAUCAACCCCAGCCAAAUCCUGCAACAGUCCCCGAUCGUGCCCCGAAUCAAACGCAAGGCCAUACAAUUGAAGGAAACCAGUUGUCCUGGCUCAGGGAUGGCUUAGGAGGCCACGACACUCCGCGCGGUCAGUUGAACACAAGUGUCCCGGCCACUUACCAGCACACGAACCCGUCGGUUGCCCAAAUAAACCAGAUAAACCUUCCGUCUCCAGAAACGGACGGUUCGUUGAACCGUGUGCAUACCCGCGAAUACCUGGAGACGCCUGUACAGCGAGCUCAAGAAUCGAUCACUGCACCGGCUCAAAGCAUGCUCACCCCGGCUUGGGCACCCUCUUUACACCCGGCCUUCUACCCGCCAUCCCCCUCUACCGGCAUUGCCUCCGUUCUCCCAAAACACACAACCGCUACGUGUCCUCUAGAUCAGAUCCUUCUCGACUUCAUCCAAUCGCGACGAUCAAUGGCAGCAAAGGGCUAUAGCAUGGAUCUGGUUCUUGGAUCUCCUCAUCCGUCCGUUCAAGCUAUACUCUAUCCUGGUCCUCCAACACCAGAAGUCCAUGAUACAAGCCGUGUCUUGGGCGAGGUUCUCACCACCUUCUCACACGUCUCGCUCCCAGAAAAGCUGGCAUUCAUGUUUGUGAUGUAUCGCACGAUGCGAUGGCAAAUAUCGCCGACCGAUGCCACUUAUGAGGAAAUGCCUCGAUGGCUACGACCGACCGCAACGCAAAUCACUGUUCCACAUGCUGCAUGGAUUGAUAACAUCCCUUGGCCGCGAGUACGGGACCUUUUGAUCGAGAACCCCACAAAACAUCCCUUUGCCGUCUUUUCUGAGGUCUACUCGCGAAACGUUUCCAUUAAUUGGCCGUAUGACAAGAUGGACUGCGUCUCGACUCAGGGCGACAAUGUUCAGCUUAAUUCCAUCUUCGAAAAGCACAUCCGAAAUCUCAAUAAUUGGACUGUGACCAAAGAAUUCCAGGAUUACCUGCCGGAUAUGGCGACUGCGAUUUACGGCAAGGACUAA